CGUGCAGCAUGCUCUGCCUACCCCACGCCACGGUGCGCUGACCAUGAGCCUCAACUCCUCGCUUGGCCACAGAAAGGAGCUGAGUAACCUCACCAAGCAGGAAGCUGGUGAAGGCGACGUCAUCAUCGCAGAAUUCAUCGCCAUCAUCAUCAUCACUGUCUCCGUCUGCCUGGGCAACCUGGUCAUCGUGGUCACCUUGUACAAGAAGUCCUACCUCCUCACCCUCAGCAACAAGUUCGUCUUCAGCCUGACCCUGUCCAACCUGCUGCUGUCCGUGCUGGUGCUGCCCUUCGUGGUGACCAGCUCCGUCCGCAGGGAAUGGAUCUUUGGCGUGGUCUGGUGCAACUUCUCCGCCCUCCUCUACCUGCUCAUCAGCUCGGCCAGCAUGCUCACCCUCGGGGUCAUUGCCAUUGAUCGCUACUAUGCCGUCCUGUACCCAAUGGUGUACCCCAUGAAGAUCACAGGGAACCGGGCCGUCAUGGCGCUCGUCUACAUCUGGCUUCACUCCCUCGUCGGCUGCCUGCCACCGCUGUUUGGCUGGUCAUCUGUGGAGUUUGAUGACUUCAAGUGGAUGUGUGUGGCUGCGUGGCACAGGGAGCCCGGCUAUACCGCCUUCUGGCAGAUCUGGUGUGCCCUGUUCCCCUUUGUGAUCAUGCUCGUGUGUUACGGCUUCAUCUUCCGCGUGGCCAGGGUCAAGGCACGCAAGGUGCACUGUGGCACGGUGGUCAUUGUGGAAGAGGACGCCCAGAGGACUGGAAGGAAAAACUCCAGCACGUCCACCUCUUCUUCUGGCAGCAGGAGGAAUGCUUUUCAGGGCGUGGUCUACUCAGCCAACCAGUGCAAAGCCCUCAUCACCAUCCUGGUGGUCAUCGGGGCCUUCAUGGUCACCUGGGGCCCCUACAUGGUUGUCAUCACCUCUGAGGCUCUCUGGGGCAAGAACUGUGUCUCCCCGACCCUGGAGACCUGGGCCACAUGGCUGUCCUUCACCAGUGCCAUUUGCCACCCCCUCAUCUACGGACUGUGGAAUAAGACGGUGCGCAAAGAACUCCUGGGCAUGUGCUUUGGGGACCGGUACUACCGGGAGCCGUUUGUGCAGCGGCAGAGGACUUCCAGGCUCUUCAGCAUCUCCAACAGGAUCACAGACCUGGGCCUGUCUCCGCACCUCACGGCACUCAUGGCUGGCGGCCAGCCCCUGGGGCACAGCAGCAGCACCGGUGACACUGGCUUCAGCUGUUCCCAGGACUCAGGAACGGAUGUGAUGCUGCUUGAAGACUACCCAUCGGAUGACAACCCCCCGUCCCACGGCCCUUGCCCACCCAAGAGGAGGAGCUCGGUGACAUUUGAGGAUGAAGUGGAACAAAUCAAAGAGGCUGCCAAGAACUCCAUUCUCCACGUGAAAGCCGAAGUGCACAAAUCCUUGGACAGUUAUGCAGCCAGCUUGGCCAAAGCCAUCGAGGCUGAGGCCAAACUCAACUUGUUUGGGGAAGAGGCCUUGCCAGGGGUCCUGUUUGCAGCACGGACCGUCCCGGGGCCUGGCUCUGGGGGCCGCCGGGGCAGCAGAACUCUUGCCAGCCACAGGCUGCAGCUGCAGAGCAUCGAAGAAGGCAACAUCCUAGCCGCAGAACAGAAAUGAAGGCCUCGGGGAGGAGCAGGGCUGCAGCUGGGGUUGCUGACCCCGUGGAGGAAGUCCCCUGCCCGUCUGUGUCAGGGUCCUGGGAGCACAGUGAGCCAGAUGCAAGCAGGGAACAACAUCCUGCGUGGUGGGCUGGAAAUGUCAUCUUCAGGCCAGGACUUGAGUAUCUGCUGUGACACCAAAUGGGGGCUUCUGUGAGGUCCCAGUGACACAACGGGGGGCUUGUACAGUGCAGUAGUAAAAGCAGAAGGAGGUGUGGCUUGUUGGGAGGCGGACACACGGGGGCAGCAGAGAGCACAGGGUUGGAGAGAGACACUGUCCCAUGGGUACAGUUAUGCGCUGUCCCUGAGGCCUUGGUCGCAAACCUGUCCCAGUGCACUGCGGAGGACAGCAUGGUGCUUCUUAACAAUGCAAGUUCAAGUUCAGGCCAUCAGCAUGUUGAUGCAGGCAGCAAGGGGCUGUUGGUUCUA